AUGGACGCAUCACCUCAGUCACCACCUGCACGAGCGAAGGCUCAAACACCGCAGCUGGAACGAAUUCUCAAUACCGAACGUGACAAGCUUCUCACUGUUGUUCGAGAGCAUGAAACGAAAAUCGACUCUUUGAAAAGAUCCUUCAAAGAAAGCCAACAGGCUCUCAUCGACAACGUCGAAGAUGCCUUGAAUAAGUCAUACCAGAACAGAGAUGAGAUCGAACGUAGACUACAAGAAGAGCAACAGCGUGUGGCCGAUUUGACUAAAAAGCUUGACGAGACCAAGAACAACGAAGUGACGACCAUGCUCGCUUUUGAGAAGCGCAAUCAUGGAUUGACCAAGAUUGAUCUUUGCCAGUCAAAGAGCCAGCUAGCAGAGUCGUUGCGUCGUGUUGUGGACCUUGUUGGGAACUUGAAUGCCACGGAACGGGAUAACAGUGGCCUUCGGCGAAAAUGCAACAGGCUUUCUACUACAAUUGAGGCUAUCAACGAGAGCAAGGCCCUUGUUGAAGGUGAGCUCGAGCUGAGCAGGAGCGAAUCCGCAGACAUCCAACAACGCUUGAAGACUGCUGAGCAACGAAAUAUGCGUCUUGAGGCUGAUCUUAAAGUCGCUACAGAGCGAUACUCGGGUGCUGAGGUGGAGUUGAGAACUUUCAAGUCUCUGUUCAACCGUAUCAACGACGACAUGAGUUCUUUGGCCCCUUCCUCUGCACAGCAGCCAACCGUGACCCAAUCGAAGUCCUCCACCCCUGUCCCUGGUGAACAGGGCAGUGCGGAGCACAGAGCGUCUAGAUUACGAACGGAUGACUCCGUCGCCCGUCCUCAGCACUCUGACCAUCAAGCCAGUAGCAGCGCUACGAGAAACAAGCUGAUCGUUAGGCUGCGCUGUAACAGCAUUUUGGACGAGGUCAUGGACACGACGCAGAACUGGGGCUCCAACCAAUAUUUUCUGAAUGCUAUGGACCCGCUUACCCUCGCAAGUCGUGAUGCCAAGGUCGGGCCAAUGAACCUCGGCACCAUGAAAGAGAAGCUUGCCGAGGGGGCUUAUAAUUCGUUCACUUCUUUCAAGGCAGAUUUCGACUCCAUGAUUGCCGAUGCCAAGAGGCUGAACACCCCUCAAAAUGCCGUCCGCAUUGCAGCUGAGCAAUUGUCGGAGAUAUUUGACCGGGCGUUCUCUUCCCAGCCCGUAUCUCACGGACCCCCGGAACAUGCGGGACCGGCUGAAGGAGCAAGCGGCAAUAAGCGAAAGGCCGGAACUGAUACUCUGGCCUCCGAGGAUGUGCAUGCCCAGAAGCGACGUUCACUCCCUCCUCCCAAGCAUGCCGUCAACCGUGCCACCCUGCGAGACCCGGCCCACGCUGCCCAGUCCAAGGACAUCUCCAAUGGCACCAAACAGACUGACGCGCAGCCUGUGAAACGCAAAUUGUGGACCGGUGCGCGUAUACAUAUGGACGCAACCCUAUCGACCGUGGCUCAGCUUGUCAGUGUAACCAAGACGCCGGACACCGUGACGGGACAUUGGAAAUCAUUGGUGCCCGAUGAGUAUUGGGUUACAAGUCAUGCUGUGAAAGACCCCAUAAGCGACAAAAUGACAUUCCUCAUACACUGCGAUGGCAUCAACUCUUUAGAUGUAAUUAUACUCAGGCUGAUGCCCACGGCUGAAACGGACAAGCCCGAAUUCGAUCGAGUCUUCAACCACUUCCUCCAGAGGGAACGCUUCGCUAACGUCAGUCAUGCUCAGACUCCAAAUGUCGUUUCAAUUUACCUCAUACCAGCAUCAAAGGCAGAUGGGUACCCCUACUUCUUCCCAACGCUGGAUGCAGAUCUUCUUCCACCCAACCGGACCGAGGAUGUGCUUUUCAUGGUGAUCAUCUUUCGCGUAGCAUCCGACCGGCAGAUCGAAAUCCGAGAUGCAUGGGAUGAGCGAAUGAAGGCUGUCAGUUACCAUCACCGUGGUGGUCUUGCCUCCAUGCGCAGCAUUCUCGUGCGAAACCACCUCACCGCCUUUAGGAGGGUGCUCUCGAGUGCCGAGAGCCGCCUAGUCGGACUCAGUAACCUGCCCCUAUCCAAUGAAAUACCGCCACCCGAGCUACAAGUUCAUGGUCAAGAUAUCCUCCGACUUUCUUACCUAGCAUGCGACCAAGAUUCACUGCCCAUGGUCAAUGGUGUCGGAGUACCGGAAUGGGUCUUUGUUCUCGGCCGAUUGUGUUGUGUGGCGGAGUGCCAUGGGCUCGUUGUAGUCGAUUUGCAAGACCGGGCCCGGUCUCUUUGGCUGCUUCGCUCCUUUCUUGGCUCCCCUUCGAAGCGGACUAUCACACUGUUGUCAAACUGGUUCCCCCGUUCCUUUGACGAGUGGGACAGGCUUCUUUGUGGCGGGCUUCCCCCAGAAUCAUUCAGAAUAUGCCUCAAAAACACAGGACUGAAGGUGGAGCGCUGCAAAUUUCGCUGA